AUGGCAUACAGACGGAUAUGCUCUCUGGAGAGACGACUGAAAAAGGAUUCAGUACUCUACGAAAGAGUAAGACAGCAAUUACGAGAUUACGAGGUAAAACAGUACGCACGCAAGGCUACACACAAAGAACUGACCACAACUAGCCCCGACCGAUGCUGGUACUUGCCGCUAGGGAUAGUUGUGAACCCGAAGAAGCCGAACAAACUGAGGAUAAUCUGGGAUGCGGCAGCUACAGUUAACGGAGUGUCCCUGAAUAGUGUUUUGCUGAAAGGGCCAGACUUCCUAGCAUCGCUUCCGGCAGUCAUUGGAAACUUUCGCUUGUGCCGGUACGCCUUGACCGGAGAUAUCAAGGAAAUGUUUCACCGAUUCUUUAUCCGACCUGAAGAUCGACAGUUCCGAAGGUUCCUGUUCAGGGAACAGCCAGAGCAGGAGCCGAUUACCUACGUAAUGGAUGUAGCCGUCUUUGGGGCUGCCUGUUCACCUAGCAGUACCCAGUAUAUAAAGAACCUCAACGCCAAGGAUUUUGAAGCAGUGUAUCCCCGAGCAGCUGAAGCCAUCGUUCACCGUCAUUACGUGGACGAUUACCUCGACAGUUUCGGAACCGUUGAGGAAGCGGUGAAGAUUGGACGUCAGGUGAAAAGUAUACACGCCGAAGGUGGGUUCGAGCUCCGGAACUUCUUGUCCAACGACCCAACGAUAGCAGCAAGGGUGGGCGAUACAGCACAAGAAGCAGAAAAGAGUAUCUGUGUGGAAAAGGAUGAACGAAUCGAAUCCGUACUAGGCAUGAAAUGGAUCCCUGGUAGCGACGCGUUCACAUUCACUGUUUCCCUCCGAGAUAACCUCCGACAUGUUCUCGAUGAGUUACAUGUUCCAACAAAACGUGAAGUCCUACGAACGGUUAUGAGCUUUUUCGACCCGAUCGGACUGAUUUCGUAUUUCCUGAUACACGGACGGAUCCUGAUGCAGGACAUUUGGGCGACCGGUAUAGACUGGGAUGACGUUAUAUCCGAGAAAGUUUGGACGCAAUGGAAGAAGUGGAUUGAGCUCAUUCCGCAACUGGGAACUCUUCGUAUUCCACGUUGCUACAUUACUGCAGCGACAGAAAGCAGCUACUCCAAGUUGCAGGUCCACGUUUUCGUGGAUGCAAGUCAGUCGGCUUACGCGUGUGUGGCGUAUUUUCGGGUGGAAACACCUAACGGUCCAGAGAUUAGUCUCGUAGCAGCCAAAUCAAAAGUAGCGCCAUUGAAGAUGCUGACAAUUCCUCGCCUCGAACUGCAAGCCGCCGUCUUAGGAUCCCGUCUACUUAAUAGCGUCAUUGCCAUGCAUGCUCUUCAAGUGGCGAAGCGUGUGCUAUGGUCAGAUUCGAAUACGGUCCUGGCCUGGAUUCGGUCUGAUCAGCGGCGAUACCAUCAAUUUGUUGGAUUCAGGAUCGGUGAAAUUUUAUCUACGACCGAGGUCAACGAAUGGCGAAAAGUCCCAACUGGACAGAAUGUAGCUGAUGAUGCAACGAAGUGGGGAUCGGGUCCAAACAUCAGCUCCAACAGCCGAUGGUUCAAUGGUCCUGAAUUUCUUCGCCAACCUGAAGUUUUCUGGCCAGGUGGAAACGAACAGGUCGAACCCACGGAGGAAGAGUUAAUAGUGUGUAACAACGUUCACGACAUCGAGUUACCGUCAAUUGUGGACAUAGCAAGGUUCAGCAAAUGGGAGAAAUUACACCGCACUACAGCGUACGUACAUCGGUUUGUUCAGAAUCUUCAACGAUCUCGGCGUAAUGAAGAGCGUUCGCUAGGAAGCUUGACGCGGGAUGAAUUGGUGUUGGCGGAGCAGUGGUUGUGGAAAUUAGCGCAAACGCAUACUUUUUCAGAGGAAAUCCAGCUGCUGGAGAAAACGAGAGGAAAGCCAGAGGGUAUCCACAAAGCUCUACAGAAGUCAAGCGCACUAUACAAGAUGUGGCCGUUUCUGGACGAAGCGGGCGUAUUGCGGAAGCGAGGUCGACUAGGGAAUGCCGAGUGGAUGUCAUACCAAACCAAGUUUCCAGUGAUUCUUCCGCGACAACAUCACAUCACUUUUCUUCUGGUAGACUACUAUCACCGUAGAUUCCGUCACUGCAAUCGAGAGACAAUUGUUAACGAGAUGCGACAACUAUACGAGAUCCCAAGGCUCCGUUCCGUAGUGUUCAACGUGGCGGUGGAAUGCAUGACGUGCAAGAUUCGCCGUGUUACUCCUAGACCACCACCCAUGGCACCAUUGCCGAAGGUUCGAGUGACCCCAUAUGUUCGACCUUUUACUUUUGUCGGCGUAGACUAUUUUGGCCCUGUUAUGGUAAAGGUGGGACGCAGCAUCGUUAAGAGGUGGAUAGGCCUUUUCACCUGCCUAACAAUUCGGGCAGUACACCUCGAAGUUGUUCACAGUCUUUCAAAAGAGUCAUGCGUUAUGGCAGUCAGAAGAUUCAUUUCGAGACGGGGAGCUCCAGCAGAAAUCUUCAGUGAUAAUGGCACAAAUUUUGUCGGUGCAAGCAAUCAGCUGAAGCAGGAAAUCGAGCAAUUAGACCAACAUCUGGCGUCUACCUUCACCAACACCACAACCCGGUGGUCUUUCAAUCCUCCCGGAGCUCCUCACAUGGGUGGAGCAUGGGAGCGGAUGGUCCGGUCUGUGAAGGUAGCAAUCGGAGAUUUACUAAAUGCGCAGCGACGACCGGAUGAUGAGGUUUUGGAGACGGUCAUGGUCGAAGCAGAAGCCAUGAUAAACUCGCGUCCGCUAACGUACAUACCAUUAGAGUCGGCGGAUGAGGAGUCCCUUACUCCAAACCACUUUAUUCUGGGUAGUUCGAGUGGAGUGAAACAGAUGCCAGUCAUGCCAACAGAUUACCAAGCGACACUGAGAAGUGGAUGGAAACUCGCACAACACUUGUCGGACAUUUUGUGGAGAAGAUGGAUAAUGGAAUACUUGCCGGUAAUAUCCAGACGGUCGAAGUGGUUCGAUGAAGUGAAGGAGGUGGAAGUAGGAGAUCUGGUGUUGGUCGUGGACGGUGCAAUGCGGAACCAGUGGAUAAGAGGAAGAGUGGACAAGGUCGUAGCAGGACAGGAUGGUAAGGUUCGACAAGUCUGGGUACGAACAGGAAGCGGCGUGUUGAGGAGACCAGUGGUAAAAGUAGCUGUACUCGACGUCGUAGACGGUGGAAAACCGGAAGUUAGCCACAAUGGUUUACGGGUGGGGGAAUGUGACGACGAGUACCCCUCGGCGAGCUACCACCAGGAAUUACAAUAGGGUAUGCGGCUGUGUCAAUGGCUACACAAGUCGAAUGUCACUACGUUGAGUGUCAAAUAUCGAUGACGAAGCAAACUGAUAGAGAUUGAACGAUAAAAGAAAGUCUGUUGUUUUGAUAGCAUCUUUAUUAAUUUUAUAUCCUAAAUAAUUUGUAAAAUCUAGUUAAAACUGAAUUCCUUAAACCUAGAUUCUACAGGGCUAAUUGUAUUGUGAGAAUCCACAAACCUAAAGGAGAAGAAAGGAGAAAACUGAAAAAUUGUAAGUGUAAAUUUGUUAUUCUAAUAAUUGAAAUCGCUAAAUAAAUUAAAAUUUUCAGCUAAAGCUGAUCCCUACCAACUACGAGUUUCAGUACGGGCUGCUAAGAAAACAGUU